GCCCUCCCCUGCCAAGUUUAAGUUUGGCAGGUGCGUGACUCUGAAGUGUGCAGGCGUGGUGUUAGUAAACAUAGGGUAUGUGUGUAUCAGAGUAUGUGUCUAUAUGCCUGUGUGUGUAUGUGUGUGUGUGUAUCUGUGUAAGUGUGUGUGUGUGUGUGUGUUUGUUAACAGCUCAAUGUACAACACGGGUCACAUGGAAUGUCUGUGCUUGCUAUUCCUACUUUUGGUGGUGAAUUAAGGAUGCCUACUCCCACCUCUCAUUAGUAGCCUAGCUAUACGGUACAAAGGCAGAUGCUCUAUAAAACUUUGUAGGUGUGCCUUUUCUCCCUUAUCGUUUGGCAUGUGAUCAUUUGUGGCAACCUAUAAAAGACUAACAUGGCAGGCUUUUCUGAAAAAUCAGUUUUUAUAGAGAAAGAAAAUCUGGGCCCUAGGUACAUGUUAUGACGUUUUUAUGAAGGUAGUUAGACCGUUGAUACUAUUUUUUGUUAUCUUCCGCAUACAAAUACAAUCACUAGAUUAUGGAAUUAUUGACUUGAAUAGGGAUGGCCUCUCUAGUGAUUGUAUUUCUGUGUUUUUCCACCUUCAACACUAGGAGAAGUAGAACAGGGACAUACAGACAGCAGAGUUGGCAGACAUCUGUCACUUUCUUAUUGUGUGUGUGUGUGUGUGUGUGGAGCAAAGUUUUCUUCACUUUUCUGUUAGGUAAUUAUAUUGUUUCUAAAUCAUUCUAUAUUUCAAUAUGUAUAUUAUUGACAAUGUUGCACCUGCUGCUUCCAGUGUGAACUGUAAUUAUAAUGUAAAGCUUGACAGGUGUGGGUUUGGUGUUUCUGUUCGUAAUUGUACAGUAAGUAAUUUGUGAGUGUAAAGACUAUAUUGUGUGUGUGGCUCCCUGUUUCUGUGUUGGUAGGUACAUAGCCCCAGCUGUGAAUUAUGUGUCACUGUGUGACUGUGUGUAUGAUGUGAGCCCUGGCUAGACUAGAGCGGUGUGCGUGUGUGUGUCAAGAGGGCUGAGGCAGCAGAAUCCACUGCAGUCUGGAGGGAUGUGAUGAUGAUGAUGAGAGGGAGGGGGUAAACACACACACACACACACACACAUAUACACACACACACACAUUUAGAGACAGGCGCAUGAGUGAAUAAACACACAUUUUAAUGAGGUGGAAGUGGCACUCGUAUAAAUACACACACACACACACACAGACACACACACACACACACCUCGUGGGUGUAUGAAUCGUCGCUGGAGCUGUCACUGUCACCUGAUCCUAGGACGGAGAGGAAGAGAGGGGGAGAAAGGAGGUGUGCAAACAAGAGGAGAGAAGGAGAUAAGAACAGGAGAAGAAAGGGAGAAAAAGAGAAGGAAAGAUACAGAUGAGGAAGAGAGGAAUAGUGCAGAUCGGAGGAGAAAGCUAAAUAAAGACGGGAGAAAAGAGGAGUGUGGACGUAGCAGGUUGACAUUUAUUGUCUUGUCCUUGAGGCAGAACUGAACAAUUUCUGCUAGACAGUCUAGCUGCAAAGUCAAAAUUGUAAAAAUGUAAAAAUUCAAGGUUAGGGUUAUGGUUAGAAUUAGGUUUAAAAUCUGAUUUUAUGACUUUGUGGCUGUGCCAGAUAGUGGCCACUGCAGAGCUGCCUCCAGAACAUGAUUAAUGAGGAAAAAACGCAAACUUGUAUGGACGAAUAGAGAUAUUGAUAGACACCGAGGAGAGAGGAACUGUGAACAGAGAGACUGAUUGAUAAAGCGAGGUCAUAGCAGGAGUGUGGUUGGAGAAAGAGAUUGAUAGACAGAGCGAGGGAGGGGAGGAGUGAUGCGGUGGAAGAGAAGGAGGUCUCCAGGACAGGGGAGGCCGGAGGAGGAGAAAGGCUCUGACACAACAUUCACCAUGCCCUUCUUUAGUAGAGCCAACACCAACUUGGACGCAGAGUCGAAGCGUAGUGCGGCUUCGUCGUCGACGGCGACAUCGGCCCACUUCCGGUCUCCAUGGCAACAGAGCGUGAAUGUGUUUGGCUCGUGGAGCAGGCCGGACUGUGUUCAGGAGCUCCAUCAGGAGGCUCAGCUUAACCUGCAGAGCCUGCUGCAAGACUUUGAAGAGCAGCUGUAUGACACCAAGCUAACAGGCCAGACGUUCCGCCACCCAACAGCUUCCUCCCAGAGUUCUGACGACACGUCCACCACCCUCAGUCGCUCCCCUGUCUCCCUCAACAACAAGAGACCUGAAUUCAUCUUCCUGCCGGCGUCUAAGGGGCAGGUGUGUGAGGAGGAUGAGACCUCCUCAGUAAGUAUCAGUAGGGGUACAGACCCGUCCCCCUCUCCUUCCCCAUCCCCCUGUGGGUCAGAUCGCCCUCUAGUGGGGUGGAGCAGCACCUCCCUGGGACCCCCCGUGGCCGAGAAACCUCGUUGGCACCUGGGACGACGCACCCCUGCUCACCUGCUAUCCCUCGACAUCACAGGUGAGGGUAAACUCUUGGGCGUAGACCUCCUCCAGGGAUCCUGUUCCCCCUCUCCGUCCCUGGGCUGUGGUGGAGGAGGCCAGCCCCGGUCUCUGGAGCCUGUCACAGACACCCCUGUCCAGCACAUACCCCUGAGAAAGACCCAUAGUGACUUGGACCCCAGCUUCAGCCUUCCCCAGUCCCCCAGGAACCCCCCUCCUACCCUGAGCACCAUGGACCACUCUGCCGCCCUCCUCUGCUCCAACUCCCCCUCUCAGUCCUGGAACGGCCCCAAGGGCUCCACCUUCUCCCCGGGAGCCUGGAACGAGGCCUAUAGUUAUAGUUUAGCUCCAAGUCCGCUGGGGAAGGGACCGGCGACCAUGCCCAAGGGAGCAAGGAUGGUGGGGAUGGUUGCGGGGCAGGGUGGGGAGUUGAUGUGCCCCUCUCAGACCAGUUUGGGACUCUCCGUGAGCUCGGGGUCGCAGUCUCACUCUAGUUCGUUCACGUCAAUAUCAGAACCUUCCGGACACAGGCACCCAGGCACCAUAGGGAUGAUGAUGGGGAGGCGGAGUGAGACAGAGGGGGCGGCAUCUAGCCCCACUGACGAACGGAGUGGUCUGGAGAGAGGGAUGGGAGGAGGAGAGAGAAGGGAGAGGUCGGCGCGUUCUGUCGCCGCCGCCAAUGCAUUUAAGUUCCGUGAGCGUUCUCUUUCCACGCCGACGGAUUCCGGCUCGUUCUGCUCCACGGACAACAUCUGCGGCGGGAUGUACGGCCUCGGUGGACUACCUGGAGCCGGUAAUGGGACAAACGGGAACGGUGGCGGCGUUUUAACAGAGAUGCGCCACCCACACCACCAUUACCCUGGCGGCGAGGGCGGUGAGAGGGGCGAGAGCUAUGCCCUCUUCUACCCCAGCGGGAGCUCCGAGGAUGGGAGCAACAGCAUUGACAACGUCUCCGUAACCGACGGCAACUUCCCCCCGGGCGGUCGACUACGGUUACGUUCUCGCUCCAUCUCGCUGAAGAAGUCCAAACGCAAACCCCCUCCACCCGUCCGGAGCGUCUCGCUCGUGAAGAAUUUAGGGGACGCCGAGGGGCGCGUGCAUGGCCACAACGGAGGGCACUACCGGGAUGGACGCCCCAAAUCCCUACACAUCCCCCGGGACCACCUCCAGGACUUCCAGCCAGACUUCCUCCUACCCUCCUCCUCCCUCUCCAAGCCCGAUCUGGAGGAGCCUGAGCUGGGCCACGGCGGCGUGGACGGACCCCCUAGCCUUGAGGUCCACGGACCAGACACAACAGAGCUGUCCUUCCCAGCCCACUGGCAGCUGGAGGAGUGGAAAGCUUCUGACCCCUACAGGUCGUUGUCUGGGUCUAGUACAGCCACAGGGACGACUGUUAUAGAGUGCAUGAAGGUUCGGGGCAGCUCCGAGUCUCUCCUGGACUCUCCCUCCACCUCCAGAGCCACCUCCCCCUCCCUGCUCUCCAUUGAGGCAGAGUCGACCAAAGCUUCCUCCCCCUUCAAGCCACCAGGACUCAUGUCCCCCUCCAGCGGCUACUCUAGCCAGUCAGAAACUCCGACGCCCAUCACCCCCUCCAACCAGGUGGCAGGAACACCAACAGGGCCCGCCUGCACGUUGGGGUGUAAGAUGCGCCCCAAAAUCCCAGAGAGGAAGUCUUCGUUGCCAGCUACAUCACCACGGGACCCUGCCGCCCGAUCGAGGCUGUCCUUCGAGAUGCCGGUUAACGCUCAUCUGGAUUUGUCCUCCAUCAAACCAAAACAGAAGGCCAGCCGGCGCCAUUCUGACACGUCCACCGCCACUAAGCCCGGUAAACUGAGUGCCGGCGGCCAAUCAACUCUCCCAGUGGUGACCACGAACGAGCUCCGGAACAUCCGCCUGCGUUCUGUCUCCCGUACUGACCUGGAGGACUGCCUUGAUGGAGCCUCUAAUGACAUCAUUGAGGAGGAGCAGGGUCGCGACCUUUCCCCCCCUCCUGUCACCCCCGGUUGCAUCCCCGGCCCCCUCGUUGCCCCCAGACCCAAACCCCCUGUGGCCUUCAAGCCCCCAUUACCCAAACGCCCCCUCAACAUCCUCCUCAAGUCCCCCUCCUCCUCCCCCGUUGCUUCCGAGUCCCCCCCUGCCUCCCCUGUUGACCCUCCCCGGCCCAUGCCUAACCCCAGCAUCUACAUGGUGGUAGGUAGGAAGCCCAAGCUGAAGAAAGCCUUCCCUCACACCCCCACCAGCCCCUUUAGACCCCAGGAACAUCCCCAAACCUUCCCCCUCCACUACCCCCAGAGCCUCUAUGAUGCCCCCUCCUUCCCCCACACCCGGUCCCUGUACGAUCUGCCUCCUCUCCCCCUGCCCCAGCCCCUCCUGGAGGACCCCUCCAUGGAGCCGGAGUUCAACCCUGACUUGGAGCUCCGUCUUGGGCCUGAGGAUGGAGGGUCUCUCCCCUCUCCCUGCAGUAACCAGGAAGUGCAGGAGACUCAGGAUAAGAGCAAGUCUCUACCUAGCAGGAUGACCAUAUCCUGUCUGGCUGAAUUGGACAAGAAGAAACCCAAGGUUCCUCCGCCGGUUCCAAAGAAGCCCAACGUUCUGCUUCUUCCCUCCAACGGUACCACCGACAGACAGGGAACACAGACAGACUGCCCUGCCGCCCUCCGCUCUCCCGUUGGUGCGUUCCCACCAGAAGUGAUUCCCGGGAAAGAGGAAAACCAGGAAAAUGACCUGGGAAUAGGGACGGAUGAGGAAAGCUCCAUGGAGUCUUCAUUACAGGGCUCUUCUUUUACAGACGUGGAGGGGAGGCUCAGCAUUACAGAGACAGGCAGAAGUGAUGAUGCGGAGAGUGUUGAGGAGAGCAGUUUGGUCGUUAGUGACAAGACGGAACUCCACAUCACAGAGGAAAUGGAUGAUGAUGUCAGAGGACACACACCUACCACACACACCACAGAGGACCUGUUCACCAAAAUACACAGGUCAAAAAGGAAAGUCCUGGGCCGUAAGGAACCAGGGGACUCGUUCGGCAGCCGCCAGAGUCUGGUCUCUCCGGUGAAGCACAGCACCAGUGGUGGUGACCUCCGAACCCUGACCUUGGGCUCGACCCCGCGCUCCACCUCGCGGAAUGACAACUUCAUGGCCCUGCUCCAAAAGAAGGGCAGCAAGUCCAGCACGGGAGGGGCCAGAGUCUCUGCUAUGGAACUCCUCAAGAGCACAAACCCCCUCGCACGACGCGUCACAGAAUUCUCCACCUCGGCAGACGGAGGAGGGGAUAUGACCACCGGGAAUAAUGGAACCAGAAUGCCUCAGGACCAAUGAGAGUUUUUAAACCAAUUGUCCCAGGUCAUCCUCUCUCUCUCUCUCUCUCUCUCUCUCUCUCUCUCUCUCUCUCUCUCUCUCUCUCUCUCUCUCUCCCUCUCUCUCUCUCUCUCUCUCUCUCUCUCUCUCUCUCUCUCUCUCUCUCUUUCUCUCUUAUCUCCCGAGAAAGUAGUUUGAAUCUAGUUAUAGACUUUUCGAUCGGACUAUUGAUGGAAGAAAGGAACGUCCAACCAGACCACUCAACCACUGAUUGACCUUUCACAAACGUUUAUUAACUGGCCAAUGGUUGGUCACAAUGGUCAUCAAAGGAGUUCUGUUUAUCACGCCGUCCGUUCCAUCAUUAAGGGGUAUUCUUUUUUGGAGGUCUCCUUCAGUCUAAAGGAGAACAUUAGGAUUGUUAAUGUCAUACUUCAACACACUAUUUUUUUUUUUAAACGAGAGAGAGACUAUACUAGGGAACGUUUGAUUGGAUAAUAGACCUGGGUACAUCGCAGGCCUGUGCUCGAUGGCGACAGAUGCCACACUAGUCUUUUGAAGACAUGGGGUGAGUGUGUGUGUCGUAUUUUCUGUCCCUCGCACAACAACAACAACAACAACAAAACCACAACGGUUUAAAUCGAAAACAUUCCACGGGAAGAUUGACAGUUGGACAUGGUACCAAGCCCCGAUCCUUUAUGUUUGAAUCAAAGCACUUUGGCGACUGCCUACCGAGGUAGUUUACAACAACGAGGAAAACAACAACGCCUGUGUCCUCCCUGUUAUUCGUUUGUUUAUGUUUCUCUUUUCAUACGCGAUAGAAGGCCAUAUAAAUGUACAAAGAUAUACAUACAUACCGUAUAAACUGAAAAAAUCCGCUUGAACUGUUCUAACAGACUAUGGAGAGCCACAGUAGUAGUAUAAUAGUACUACACUAGUACUAACAGUAGUAGUACAAUAGUACUACACUAGUACUAACAAUAGUACUAACAGUAGUAGGACAGAAGUACUACAGUAGUACUAACAGUAGUAGUAUAAUAGUACUACACUAGUACUAACAGUAGUAGUACAAUAGUACUACAGUAGUACUAACAAUAGUACUAACAGUAGUAGGACAGAAGUACUACAGUAGUACUAACAGUAUUAGUAGUAGUACUACAGUAGUACUAACAGUAAUAGUACUACAGUAGUACUAACAGCAAUAGUACUACUGUAGUACUAACAGUAGUAGGAUACUAUGUGAUACACCUCACAGCACACAACAGGAUCAAACCAACUGAACUGAAGGAGCGACGCUAUGGAACACAAUCCCACGAACCCUUACCCACGGAUCUCCUCGCACUGCCGUCAGAGUGUGUGUGUACUUGCGUGCGUGUGUGUGUGUGUGUGUGUGUAUACAGGAAAUGAUAACCAAACACAGCAAGGGAGGUGUGAAAGAUGGCGGGCACAGAAUUGAACCCUGUGGAUCUUUCUUAACAGAGAGUAUGAUACAGGGUUGGGUUUAUUUAACAGGGUUUAGACUGGUUUCCGUUAGGACCAAAGGACUGCCAUAAACAGACCAGUGGAAACGUGUGUGUGUGUGUGUGUGUGUGUGCGUGUGUGUGUGUGUGUGUGUGUUUGUGUGUGUGUGUGUGUGUGUGUGUGUGUGUGUGUGUGUGUGUGUGUGUGUGUGUGUGUGUGUGUGUGUGUGUGUGUGUGUGUGUGUGUGUGUGUGUGUGUGUGUGUGUGGGGACAAGGGCUUCAUUUAUCCGCCCUAAGGAGAGGAUUAAGUGGUCUGAAUCAUGUGGCUGUAGUCUUUGGAGUUUUCCGUGACGUUUUGGAACUGAGAGAGGAUUCUGGGCCUGAGGGGAUUCCGGAACUGUGAUUAGAACCCACUUUUCUAACAACCAUCACAAAACAAACCGAGACAGUCCAGGAAAACAGCUAACCAUCCAUCGGCCAUAUUGAAAAAUGCAUCACCCUCUUCUUUUUGCCCUCUCCACAUGUUUUUUUCUCAUACUGUCCGUUUUGUGCAGGGGUGAUGUCGCAGCCUUUUCCCCUCGUCCACUCUCCCUCUCUUCUCGUCCACUCUCCCUCUCUUCUCGUCCACUCUCCCUCUCUUCUCGUCCACUCUCCCUCUCUUCUCGUCCACUCUCCUUCUCUUCUCGUGCACUCUCCCUCUCUUCUCGUCCACUCUCCCUCUCUUCUCGUCCUCCUUCCUGGCAGGAACACAUGCUCCAUCUGUCUCUCUCUCUCUCUGCCCAUGGAGUAGCCCCCUCCUCUUCACAUUUCUUCGUCCUCCCCUCAUCCCUCCCUCCGUGCCCCUCCCAUUCUUUCUGUGCAUCUGAGCUCACAGACGACACAGCCUGAAUGUCAAUGGAAGGAAAGAAAAGGACGCCGCGUUGAUAUCGUGUUCAAGAGUGCUAUGUUCAACUUCAUCUUUCGAUCCAACCCUCUCUGUCAAAAAUACAAAUGUUUUUUUUAUUUUUAAUCCUUCUGCUGCAUUGUGCAUCUGUCCCUAUAUCCAGACCAAACCAACCAUCCAUGUUACAAGGAAAACAGGAGGGUGGAUUGUGUGAAAGAACACACAAGAGACGGAUGGAAAAGGGUAUGAAUGUCUGGAUGUGUACUUAAAAGGAAAGGAUAGUGGACUUCUGGACCCACUCAGACUGUGAACACGGAUCUUAACCUAUCCUCCUUUCACCACACUUUUCCAGAACCAUUACAUUGGGGCUGUGCAAACCCUGGUGCUAUUAAGCUACAGCGCCCCCCUGUGGAUGAAGAGAGGGAGCACACCCUGUAAGACUACUGCUCUGUCCCUCCAGCAACAACACGGAGACGCAACGACUCCAGAUUAAUAUCUGGAUGCUCUUUUUGUUAUAUCGGUCAUUCAGGAAACCAGAACAACAACGUCAACAACUUAUAAAGACAAUGAAAAGAACGAGAGAAAAAAAACCUAUGUAAAUGAACACAUUAUUAAUAAAUAGUCAAGUGACGCUUGUUUUAAAUAUUUAGUGAAUGGAACUACAUAAAAAAAAAAUAACUAUGACAAAACUCAGUGUUAGUUUGCCUUGUAGUCUGGCGUGAUGUUUAACCUUCUGUGUUUUCUACAUAGAAAUAUAAUUACUAGAAUGGACACCCCUAUUUACGUCAAUGGGGCCAUAAUGUCAAAUUCCUAUGGUCAGAGGUUCUAUGCCCAUUCUACUGGUUAUAUUCUAUGGUUUUCAGCUACCUUGAUAUUACACUCCCUUUGAGGUAUGCAGAGUUGUUACUCUUUCUGUUCUGAAGUACUGUAGUUAUUAUGGUUACUAAGGUAAUGCUGUAUACUAUGGUUACUACAGUCAUAUACUGUGGUUAUUACGGUAAUACUGUAUACUAUGGUUACUACAGUCAUAUACUGUGGAUAUUACGGUAAUACUGUAUAUUAUGGUUACUACUGUCAUAUACUAUGGCUGUUACAGUAGUGGUCGUCACUAUUCCUACUAUUACUACUCUUGGCUGUACCCUUAUAUUGUUCAUAAAACACAGGUACAACGAUAGAGAGAAAGAGGGAGAGAGAAAGAGUUGAAAAAAAUGUAAGCAAUAGAUAGAUGACUUAGCCCAAGACCGAGGAUGAGGCAGGAACACAAUACUGUAACUCUCAAUCCAGUAGCAGAUUCCAGCUCUAGCCACAGAAAUGGUUGCGCAGUGCUACACACACACACACACACACACACACACACACACACACACACACACACACACACACACACACACACACACACACACAAACACACACACACACACACACACACACACACACACACACACACACACACACACACACAAAGAAAUACAGAUUUGUUCAGUAGCCUACAGUUGGCACAUACAGUGAUUUAUCAUAGUGGGUUCCAAACUCCAAUCAACCAUGUCUAGGAAUGUGGUAGAGUAUUACAGAGUAUGGGAGCAGAAGAGAAAGAGGUAUGAGGAUAGGGGGAGGGGGGCGAGGGAGAGAAGGUGGGUAACAUUUCACGAGUGGAUAUAUCACUCCUCUGAAAGAGGGGAUCACAGUUGGGUUAAUACAAGUUCUGUCCAUCGAUUUAUUUUCUUUCUUUCUUUCUUUCCUUCUUUCUUUCCUUCUUUCUUUCCUUCUUUCCUUUUUUCCUUUUUUCUUUUUUUCCUUCCUUCCUUCCUUCCUUCUUUCCAUCUUUCUUUCUGUCUUUCUUUCUGUCUUUCUUUCUGUGAUAAGGACAGCUCUUAAAGCUUUCCCCAAACUCCCCACAGAACACUAAAAGUCUAGAGAGAGGGAGAGAAGAAGAGAGAGGGAGAGAAGAAGAGAGAGGGGGAGAAGAAGAGAGGGGGAGAAGAAGAGAGAGGGAGAGAAGAAGAGAGAGGGAGAGGAGGGAUGACAGAAAAAGAUGUCCUUUAGUCAGUUUGUGUUUUAUAUCUUGUUUCUGCAUCGACAUCAAACAGCAGCACGACAAGCUGUUAACAACCAUCUGGUUGUCAUGACGCCUAACAAACAAACAGACAUAUUAAUCUUAGCCUUUGUCUCAAAUCACAUCCUACUCCCUAUCUAGUGCACUACUCUGGUCUAACACUUGAAAGGGUUUCAAAUGAGAUUUGAUCGCACCCUUUUGAGCUAUGUUGAAGUGUUAAUCUGUAUAUACAAUGUAAGUACCAUUAGACGACCCUUAUUCAGAUUAAAUAUAGAGGUGAUAGGAUGAUUAGGGACAGGAGUUAUUUUUCUGUCAAAAUAUGUACUUUUUUUUUCCCCGAACAACAUUCUUACAGAAAUCUAGCCCCAUAAUUUUCCCUCACCACAUUACCUAACCAAUGCAGGAAAAACUCAGGGUCCUAGUUAUAGGCUAUGAGAAACAAAUAGCAUAUAACUCUCGGCCCAGAGUGUUUCCCGGUCAGGUCAUGUGGUCAGGAAAAACUCCUGUCCCUAAGUAUAAUGAGUAUAACCGAUAAUUAGUUGUACAGCAGUUUUAAACUGCUCACAGUACUCUCUGUAUGUAUAGGACCAGGACAAUAAUAAAGUUUUAUUAAGUUAAAAGACACACACAAAAACACCCACGAAACAAGAUGAAGUUUGUUGGGUUAGGCUACUCAAAUAAAGAGAGAGAGAGAGAGUUCUUGGAAUUAUUCUAUUUUUGUUAUUUCUCAUUGGAAGGACAUAUUUAAAACUCUACUGCAUAUAUGAUUAUUAUUAUGAUAAUUAUCAAUAACCUCAGUUUUCAGAUCCAGCAGUGUGGUUUAUGUAGCUGUUGGUUUGAACACAUGCAGCUAUGUAUGUCUUGCCAAUGUGAUUCAAAUUAUUAUAUCAUUCAAAUAAAUUAUUUUUCUUGCUUAACACUGA